AUGGCUCAUGAAAACAAAGAAGGCUACGAGCGUCGUAUGACCGUCGUGAGAAACCUAAUCCGUGGAUUUGGCCUCGAGUGCGCCGAUAUCACGCCUCUGCGAUGGAAUGAAGAUCAAACCUUUCCAUACAAUAACUUCAUCUACAAAGUAUCGCUAUCUUCAUUGGCUACAGCGGAACAUUUCGCAGCAGCGUCUCAGUCAAGACAACCAUGCACAGACUUGCCCCCGUCGGAAGGGAUCUCAACCGCGAUUGUACGACUAAGUAAUCCGAGGGCCUUGGGUAUGAACAAUGCGAACCGUGUUGAAAACGAAGUUGCGGCAAUAAACCUCGCUCGUGACGCCAUAGCACGAGUUGGCCCUGAAUAUACCAAUCUUGUCCCGGCUGUUUUUGCCUGGAAGGCAGCCACAGACCCAAAUCCCGUCGACGAGACAGGGUUUGGAUGGAUCGUCAUGGAGUACCUAACCGGGUCUUCUCUAUACAAGCAGUUCAAGACAUUUGACAUGGGCAAAAAAAAUUCGAUCAUCAUUGAGAUUGCUGCCAUAUUCUCUGCCAUUCAAGGGAUAACAUUACCACCUGGAGUUGACCGUUUUGGUGGCUUGACCAUCAACGCUGCUGGUGAUAUUGUAUCUGGCCAAGAGACCAUGCAGUCUUCUCCUGGUGGUCCGUGGAAGGAGUAUGACGACGUCUGGAGACACCAAUUACUCUGCCAGCUGAAAGGCGCAGACAAUAGCGAAGUUAUUCAGGGCUGGAAAGCAAACGGACUCCGCGAAAGGAUUGAUAAUUUUAGUCGAGCAAAAUUACGCAGGGUUAUUGAGCAGGCAGGUGUUGAUAUGUCCAAGUUGGCUUUUGUUCACCUCGAUUUCACUAUGAGCAACAUGCUAUACGACCCGGAUAAGCAGCGAAUUUCCGGCGUCGUUGACUUUGACUGGGCGGCCAUAACCAACCCAGCCCACGAGUUCUUCACCUCGCUGCAGGAUAUGUACGGAACAGCGAAUGAACAAGAGUCGGACAAGCUUCAACGAGCAAUCCUAACAGGCGACUUUAGUGCCAAUUCCGAAGCAGGGGAAGAGAAACAUGCGGAGGCGUGGCAGCUUGCGGAAACUUGGCAUAAGUCACUCAAGGAGCGUGGUGGCCUGCCUCUUAGCGAUAUACCAGGGAUGGAAGUGCUUAACAAGCUGAACGAUUUCAUUGACUUACUUUGCCCGUGGCAACUGGGAAGUGAGGAGGCACUGAAUCAGCGAACGGCUGAGCAGAACACCAAGAUUAAAGCAGAUGCGGAGAAGGCUAUUGAUGACAUGUUGUGCCAAUGGAGUGUCUAG